AUGAAGUCACUCUUUUCAAGACUCAUCAUCAAACCCAAACUCUUAAACCUCUUUCUAUCCACCCUAAAACCCUUCUGCACUAAAAACUCUCUAACCCCACUUCCUUUAAAAAAGACCAAACUUUCAAAAAGUAGGGUAAAGGUUGGGGCAAAAAUAGCUGAUGCUGCUCAACUUAAACAAAACUCGUUAAACUCUCUCAACUUUCCUUUACCUGAUGAAACUGAGACUGCAAAUUUGGGCGGAGACGAUUUGACCUGGAAUAAUGUGUUUGAUUCUCCUCACUUGAAAGUAAUGGUUGGAAAAGCAACCCGGAAGCGAUUAGAUGUUAAGUCUAUUGUUCAAUUAAUUCGUAGUUUCCAUUCUCCAAUUGGCACUACUGCAUACAUAGAACAAUCAACCCCAUUCCCACCAGAUGGAAAGCAGGGAUGGUGGAGUGGAGGAUUUGGUUAUGGGAUUUGGGUGUUAGUUGCCUCAGGGUUCUCUGUAGUUCCAGUACCAUCUAUGACAUGGAAGAAUGAAUUUGAACUCGCUUAA